AUGGCUGAAUUACAUGAAGCACAAAAAUUAUUAGGAAAAGCUAUGAAUAUUAUAUAUAUACCAUUAGAAGAACCCAAUGUAGAACAACCAGUUGAAGAAAAAACAUUUGAAACAAUAAUGGAUGAAGCAAAUCAAAUUUUUUAUAUAUCGAAUCAAGACUCUCAUUCAAUCACACAAUGGAUUAUUGGUGAUUAUGAACCUCGUAAUAUAUAUGCUAGUAUACCCGGAAGACCUGGUAAUAGUUCAGCGCAACUAUUUUAUCCACAAGGUAUAACUCUUGAUCGGUAUGGUAAUUUAUAUACUGCGGAUUCUAUGAAUAGUAGAAUACAACAAAUGUUUUGUUCAAAUUCUGUAUUUGGUAUUACAAUUGCAGGAACGGGUCAAACUAGUACUACUAGCAAUGAAUUAAGCUAUCCAGGUAAUGUUGCAUUUGAUUUAGACGUUAAUUUAUAUGUUUCAGAUACAUUUAAUAGUCGUAUACAAAAAUUUCAAAGAAUACGAUAA